CAAAAAUGAUUUUUGUGUGCCAAAAAUCGCCGAGCUCCGCCUGCAGCUUCGCGCUGGAGCCAGAAAAAUAUAUCCCACCCUUGGACGCCCGAGUCUUGACAUCCUUCUUCCGUCACGUCCGCGAGAAGAGGCUCAGUCAAGAUGGCGCCCGCAAACCUGCCCUCCAUCUUCAAUGCCACGAGCGCCGACAUUGAGCAGCUGCUCGCUGCUCAGUGCCACAUUGGCUCCAAGAACCUGAGCGUCCAUAUGCAGCCCUACAUCUGGAAGACGCGUGCCGACGGCGUGAACAUCAUCAACAUUGGCAAGACCUGGGAGAAGCUCGUCCUGGCGGCCCGCAUCAUUGCUGCCAUUGACAACCCGAGCGAUGUCUGCGUGAUCUCGGCCCGUCCCUACGGCCAGCGUGCCGUCCUCAAGUUCGCCGCCCACACCGGCGCCCAGGCCAUUGCCGGCCGCUUCACUCCCGGUUCCUUCACCAACUACAUCACCCGAUCGUUCAAGGAGCCCCGUCUGAUCGUCGUCACCGACCCCCGCACCGACGCUCAGGCCAUCAAGGAGGCCUCGUACGUCAACAUCCCCGUCAUCGCUCUCUGCGACGCCGACUCGCCGACCGAGUUCGUCGACGUUGCCAUCCCCACCAACAACAAGGGUCGCCACGCCAUUGGCCUGAUCUGGUGGAUGCUGGCCCGUGAGGUCCUCCGCCUGCGCGGCACCAUCUACAACCGCGAGACCCCCUGGGACGUCAUGGUCGACCUCUACUUCUACCGUGACCCCGAGGCUGAGGCCGAGGAGAAGGUCGAGGAGGAGAAGCUCCCCGGCGUUGAGGACGAGGGCCCCGUCGCCAUCGAGUCCGGCUUCGCCGCUGGCGCUGGUGACUGGGAGGCUGCUCCCGCUGGCUUCCCUGCCGUCGGCGCCACUGCUGAGUGGAGCGAGGCGCAGCCUGGCUGGGAGACUGGCGCCGCCGCUGCCACCGGCGAGUGGGCUGCUGAGGCUCCCAAGGACGCGUCGGGCUGGUAGAAAGGAGACGGCACAAAAUAGAAAGGCGAUCUUCGGGUUCAGGCGUACCGGCGCUGGUUUUCGGGGCCUUGUCUCGCUCUUGGCUUGAUUCAUUUGCCCCGCUUCCACUCGCCAUAUCUUCCUCGUCUCGGCGCAGAUUUGUGGCGCGAAAGUAGCGUCUCUUUGGCGGAGGUUACACAUGACCGCACUAAUGAGGGAAAGAUAUCCUCCCUGGCGGAACUUUGUCUCUGCUGGGGAGGGGGAAUGCCCUGUGGGGUCAUGAGGGGUGGACUUAAUCGUUAUCCCGCCUUGCCAUAGGAAUUCUACUCGGCCACAUUUCUGGUUGAUGGUUGACUGGUGCACAUCUGUUUGCCCGCGAACGGGCUCUGGUUUCGAUCCUGACUUGAGUGUCCGUGUGGCCCGCCAGGGCACGAGAAUGAAACAACUGGUUUGGUCAGUGGGAUUUGCUCCUUUUGGGUUGAUGUAAAACACCAUGACUGAAAAGCCAGCUUCAUGCCCAUAUGCUCAAAGGCGCGGAUUUAUGAAAACAACCCCCAGUCCGCGUCAGGGACAGGGGCUGGAGUGAACAUUAACAUAUAAUUCUCAGCAUAACUCUGACGGUUCUUUCCACAGUGUCUUGCUGGCGAUUCUUCUCUGGUUACAUGAAAGUAUCUGCCAGUUCCCAGUUGCCAGCAGAAGUAAACCAACACAGCAAUAGCGUAUGCAAGGAUAAUUUGAUGAACGUAGGCAAUAUAACAGUUCAGUCUCGUACGCUGUUGAUGCCCCAGUGCGAGAGGAUAGCUCCUGGCAGGACUUCAUGUCACCUACGAGC